GAGAGAGAGAGAGACACGUCUCCAGGACACAAGCAAGCAAGCAAGCAAGCAAACAAACAAAAGCGACAGUGAUAGCUAGCAGUCGCGUGUUCUUUUGUGUGCGCUUAACCGAAAGCAAUUGGAGGAGACACGGAAAAACCCUUCCCUCCCGUUACAAAGUCGACUGUAACCCCUGAGUCGACCCAGUUUCGGCGAAUCAAAGCUCAAUUGUGAGACCCACUGUUAUCAACGGCGGCCUACCUACGCCAUCUUUUGGGAGUGACUUGUGUGUGCCACUUAUAGCAUUGCCGGACGUCCUCUCUUUUUUUUUUAGGGCCAUUUUUUCUCGUAAGAAGUUUCAACGUCGCCUGGGAAGGAUUGAUUGCUAUGGGUGAGGUCGAGGACUGCCACGAAGAGGAGACACUGAUGCCACUGUGAUACUUCAGAAAAUGGAGAAAACGGAACAUCAGGAUCAGCAGUAAUGGGAGAGAGAGACAGAGAGAGAGAGAGAGAGAGCACAACCUGAUACGUACAUCUGCUUGAUAUCGCAACUGCGUUCACUCCUGCGGCCUAUACUGCUGCCACAAGCGCUCGCCUACACAACCACAAACACACACGCACAAACACAAGACCACCAAAGGAUUCCUGUGUCUUCUGGCAUGAGCGAAAUCACAGGAGAGUAACAAGGAGAUAUUCUGCUCCAAACGCCUCCAUAUUUAUAUUCGCGCUCUUCAGGGACACAAAUGAAACGCAGUUGGGAAGAAAGUAGCAAAACGAACGAGAAAGGGAAGGGGAAAAAAAGGGAAAAUAAGGGUAUAAAGAAAAGAGGUAAUUCGGGGGAAUCCGGUCACAAGCUUUAUUUGUACAUUUGGAAUAUUUUUUUUUUUUUUAUCACAUAAUCCCGAGCGAAGCAACAAUCACCGUUCCGUGCAAAGAAGCAUUAAGAAGGUAUAUCGUUAACUUUCCUUUAUUAAGUCGAACAGCGUAAAAAUUUUACAUUUAAAGAUGCGACUUUUUAAACUAGAAUAAUUGACAAUAUUAAAAAAUAUACAGAUAAACUUAAGCACAGAAAUUAGUUUAUAGAUUUACACAGGUUUCGUAAGAUCGUCUGUAUGGCUGCCCUUGCCAUAUUUCUCAGCGUUAAGUAAUGUGUUUCAGCUCGUCACCGGAUUAUCCCGGAUUAUCUCGUUCCUUAUUAUCCUUUCGCAGAGAAGGUCUGUCGGUCUUUGUUUCUUUUGUUUACUUUUGGAUAAUACUUGCGGGUUGAGUCUUAUUUGUGGGCUUGUUAUUUUCCUGUGGGAUUUCCUUAUAUACAUACAUAUACAUAUAUGUAUGUAUGUAUGUGUAUAUAUUUAUACACACACACACGUGUGUACAUAUAUACAUAUUACUAAACAUACAGACAAAUAUGUCGUACAUAAUCACAUACAUUUUGUCAUGAUUAAGAACGAGUACGAACGCAUGACGCAAAAUGAUGAAAAAAAAAAUGUAUGAAAAAAAUAAAUAUGUAACUCUUCAUUUCAGUCACAAGCGUCAAUAAGAACAAAUGAAAAAGAAAUAAAAACAAUAAAAAAAAGAGCGACGGAAGUAGAUGAAAUUAGCACGACUUAAUGUAGUGAUAGAUAACAAAACAGUGAGUAAUAUGAGGUUAUGUUCAAAAGAAGGCGCCCGAAGACCCGAUCAGAAAAAUGCCGCUCUACCCAAAGCGAACUCGACCACUUUGAAAACGCGCGCGAGCGAAAGAAUGACGAGAUGCGCACUUGAGUGAAUCACAGGAAGGCAGGAGCGAAGAGAGAAAAAUAGGGUGGCAAUGGGAGUGUGAAGAGAGGAAUAAAGGGGGAAAAUAUUGAAGAGGGGAGCGAAAGCAAAAGGUGUGAGAACAGGGAGAGGGAAAAAAAAAGGGAGAAUCGAAAAACGAUGAAUUGGGGGAGGCUGCAGUCAAGUGACGCGCGCGGGAUCGCAAAGAAAACGGGAAGUUAUACACAAACGAAAAUGAUGGCGACAGCGAGUAACGUCUAAAAAGCAAGAGACAAAAAGCUUGCUGCUGCUGCUGCUGCUUUAUCUCGGCCAUCACCAUCACCACAUCAUCAUCAUCACCGUCACCACCACCACCAGCAUCAUCUUCGUCAUUACCAACAGCCUCCCUCUUCCUCGGGCCCAUCUUCUUCAAGCACGGAAUUAAGAAGAGGAGGAGGAAGGAGAAGAAGAAGCAGCGAGCAAGAUGGGCAACUUGGCUUCGAAGAGGAAAGAGACUUCCUUCGAUGGAGAAGAUGUGACUUUCGACCAUUUCCAAGUACUACGAGCGAUCGGCAAGGGGAGUUUCGGAAAGGUGUGCAUCGUGCAGAAGCGGGACAGCAAGCAGAUGUUCGCCAUGAAGUACAUGAACAAGACGCAGUGCGAGGCGAGAGAGGCUCACAACGUCUUCAGGGAAAUCGAGAUUCUUGCGUCGCUCACCACAUCAACCUUCCUCGUCAAUCUCUGGUUCAGCUUCCAAGAUGAAGAGGACAUGUUCAUGGUGGUCGAUCUCCUGCUGGGAGGAGACCUCAGGUACCACAUUCAACAAGGAGUCCAGUUCACCGACGAAGCUGUGAGACUGUACAUACUAGAGGUGGCCUCAGCAUUGCACUACCUCCACGCCAGAAACAUCAUUCACAGGGACAUAAAACCGGACAAUCUACUUCUAGACGAGGAAGGACACGUCCACCUGACCGACUUCAACAUAGCUACAGUUCUGAGGGAGGACCAACUCGCAACGUCGAUGUCCGGGACUAAGCCUUACAUGGCUCCGGAGGUGUUCGAGUGCGCGGCGGACCUCUGCGACGGGUACAGCUACCCCGUCGACUGGUGGUCCUUGGGCGUGACGGCCUACGAAGUGCGGAGGGCCAAGCGCCCAUACGACAUCCACUCCAACACGUCGCUCCACGACAUUCGUCUCAUGUUCCUACAGCCUCCCAAAUUCUCCUCCGAUUGCCAUCCGGAUUUGGUCAAUCUAAUAUCACAGUUGCUGAUCGUGUCGCCCGAGGAACGCCUCCAGAGCCUCGACGACGUCCUACGGAAACCCUUCUGCUGCGCCUUCACCAAAGAGUCUGUGAUCAAGAAGAAGACCAAGCCGCCCUUCACUCCGCCGAAAGACCACCUGAACUGCGACCCCACAUUCGAGCUGGAGGAGAUGAUCAUAGAGUCCAGACCUCUGCACAAGAAGAAGAAGCGCCUCUCAAAACAGAAGAGCCUCAGGGAAACUCAGAGCUCUAUAUCUGGCAAUAUCGAAGGCGACCCGGUCCUGUACGAAGGGAUGCUGGUCUUCAACAGGGAGCGAGAGGAGGCCAGGAAGGAGAGGGAAAGGAGAGAGCAAGAGUGGCAGGCGGAACUGGAGGAGUCGAUGAAGUUGUCUGAUCCUACUGGACUCGGGUGCUCCUACACAGGCUCGGGGUCCAGCACCCCCUUGAAGCAGCACCGCUCCAGGUCCUCCAGAAGUCACCGCGAGAUGUUGAAGGAGGAACAAGAAGGGGGAGGGAACGGGGUUGAGGGAGGAGGAGGAGGAGGAGGAGGCGGAGGUCCUCCAGGAGGAGGAGGAGGAGGAAGAGGAGGCUUGAGAGCAGGGAUGGGCAGGAGUAAAAGCGAGGAAGACAAAGGAGCCUGGAGGACGACGGUGACGAAGGGCUUCUCCUCCGCCUCCAACUCCUCCUCCAGGUCGUCGCUCCUCUCCUCCCCUACCGAGUGCACGGUCUUCUCCAAAGUGGCUGUGUCGCCCUCCAACGUAAGGGCGAGAAUCGCGGGCUCUCCGAAGGUGAAAGUGAGAGGGUCUAUCGUCACCAUAGAAUCACCACGUUCCUCGUCGAGCCUGACCAAGAGUAGCACUCAGCAACUGAAGGAGAAACUGAAGGAGCUGAAGGCCGACCGGACGCCCCACGGCGAAUCGGGAACCGAUUCCGAAUUCUCCGACAUGACCCAGAGCGACGACCUGACCCUCAUCGGCAAGAGGCCGCCCUCAAGACCGCACAACCAGCAGCUCAUCCGAGCGAGCAGCAACCCGCAGGAAACCACCAAGGACUUCUUCGAAAACCCCGGAGGAGGGGCGACGCUGAGGCCCGACGACGGAACUCCGAAGGGCAGGACGUCGGGUGGCUCCGCCACGAGGCCUUCGUCCUUUCCUUCGGACAUGAAGAAGGAGUUCGAUUUCGCCAACCUCAGGAUAUCCGACCGGUCGUCUAGCGCCGACGCCGACGGUGAGGGGGGAGGUGGGAGGGGGACAAAUGAAGUGGGAGAAGGCGAAGGCGAGGGGGAGAAGCCCCUUCGAAACGGGUGCCAAAAGAGCGCGAGGAAAGAAUGCAGCGAGAACAACGCAACAACCCGGAUGGUGGCCUCAUCCGAUUCCGAAUCACAACCCAGCGCGGACAACCAAAUCAGCAUCAUCAUCAACGGCUCCGUCAACAAGGCCGCGACCAAGGGCACCGACUCCGGAGGCGGGGGCAUACAGUGCCGUAGGAUAGGCACGCCGGACCCGACGAGGAGACACUCGAUGGAGCCCAGGAGGAAGGCCAGGGAGAGCUUCAAGUCGGGCGACAGCAGGAGAUGUUCCUCCCCGACCUUCAUGAGGGACCAGGACGCCCCCUCCAGAAGGGCUUCCUCGAAGGCGCCCCGGCUCUCAGGGGCGUCGCGGAUGAACUCUGUCAGCGACACGAAGGACGAAGGGAGUCAGCCCGGAUGCUGAUUUCUGCGAUCGCUCUCCUGCCCCCCCACCCCCCACCCCCACC